CGGCCGUCAGUUUGAAUUGGGAUUUUGAAGUAGAAACAUCGACUAGUUUCAAAACGCCGCGAAUGUUUAGUACAUACACAUAAUAUUAUUAAGUAAAGUAUAUACUUAGGCGCAAAACGUGCUUUUCCACCCCUUUGGGCAUUUUCCUCGAAUCUCGUGAUUUUGAUGCCUAUGCCCACCUGAGUUGUAAUGUAAAUACGUAAUACAUAUGUAUGUCCAUACGUAUGUACAUAAGCAGCUACUUUCAAAUGCGCGUAACUUAGUCGAAAUAGUGGGAGAGCAAAUUAUGGCGCCUGAUUUUACCAUUUGAUUGAGUGAUGAAUGAAUAAUAAUUGCGCAAGUACAUACAUACAUAUAUGAAAAUGUGAAAAUUAUUUAGAGAAUGGUCGGUAAUAAGAUAACUGAAACAUCGAUGUUUAAAUACUAAUUUAUAAUUAAAAAAUUUACUACGUUAAAAAGACCCGAUUGAAAGAAUUUUAAAAUUAUGGUUACACGUGCAUCCAGCGUCCCCCAUUUAAAUAGCAGUGGUGGCAGUAGCAAUGAAAGUGGCGUCGGUACCGGUUCUGGCUCCAGUAGUCGCCGAAGUCGACUAUCAAAUUCACGUACACGUCGCCCAGGUAAAAGUUUCACGCCCACACAAGCACAAAAUAUAUCUGUUGGUAUACCACGUUCACGAAGCCUGACCCACGGCAUGCGGCGAAGUACUCCUCAGAAGACAACCAGCAGCUCCGGUGGUAUAACCUCGAGGAAUACUCCGGUUUUUCUACGUUCACGUGAGAAUGAAAUUGGUAGUGCAGAUACAUUGGAAAUAGUGGCUUCUAAGUCCACUGGCAGUGAACCUUCAACGCCAGAGGAUAACAUAAAUGUUGUGGUCAGAGUGCGGCCUUUGAACGAGAGAGAAAAGAGGGAUAGACAUGGAAUGAUUCUACAGUUUCCUGGAAAUGGGCAAAUUAUUAUCGAAAGUAGUGAGGGCAGUAACAAAAGAUCACGAAAUCAGGAUAAUGUGCACGUGUUUACCUAUAACGUGGUUUUCGAACCUGGAGCUACCCAAGAAGAUAUUCUGGAUUAUUCAGGCAUCAAGCGAAUAAUUGAGAUGGCGAUUGAAGGAUUUAGUUGUACAGCAUUUUGUUAUGGACAAACUGGUUCGGGAAAAACGCAUACGCUAACGGGUCCGCCCGAUCUGUUUAUAGGCAAACCAAAUCCAAACGAUUCCCGACAUGGACUAAUCUUCCGAUCGUUUUUGUACCUCUUCCAGUUGAUAAAAAAUCGCAAAGACAUCAACUAUGUGCUAAAGGCAUCUUUCCUUGAAAUCUACAAUGAACGAGUAAUCGAUUUGUUGAAUCCAGGUUCAGCAAAAAAAUCUCUUGCAGUCCGUUGGUCGAAGAAGUCCAGAGGCUUUUUUGUGGAGAACCUUUUCACAGUGGACUGUGAGGAAUUGGAUGACCUAUUAGCAGUUCUAGAAGAAGGUAUGAGAAACCGUGCUGUUGGCUCCCAUGCCAUGAACGAUCACUCGUCACGAUCCCAUACAAUGCUCACAGUGCACAUAAUUUCUGAGCAACAAACAGAUGGUGGAGUAUUUAUUUCCAAGCAAGGGAAAAUAAAUUUUGUAGACCUGGCUGGCAGUGAACUGACCAAGAAAACACUUAGCGAAGGCAAGACGCUAGAAGAAGCAAAUAAUAUUAAUAAGAGCUUAAUGGUUUUAGGAUACUGCAUUGCUUCAUUGAGCGAUAGUAAAAAACGAUUUGGCCACAUACCCUACCGAGAUAGUCAGCUAACCAAACUACUGGCGGACAGCUUAGCGGGUAAUGGGGUUACGCUCAUGAUCGCAUGUGUCUCUCCAGCCCAAUACAACUAUGCCGAGACUUUGAACACCUUACGUUAUGCGUCGAGAGCCAAGCGCAUUCGCACAAAACCUGUGAUUAUGAUGGACCCACGAGAGGCGCUUAUACUGAGCCUGAAACGUGAUAUAAAUGCUUUAGAAAUGGAAAAUGAUCACCUUAAAGCUGCACUAAAUUUACAUCAUGAGUCGCUUAAGUCGCAAAAUGGAACUCAACAGAAUGGUGAGCUCUUGGAAAUGCAUCUGGAACGUGUUGCCACCGGCGGUGUUGCAGUACCGAAAGUUAAUUUGGAACGUUUGGUUGAAUUAGAUGGCAAUGAACUGGCCGAACUGGUAAAGUUAUAUAUGCAAGAAAAUGAAGCUUUACGGCAAGAAAACAAUCAUCUAUUUACGGUGCGAGAAACCAUACUCAGAGAUCAGGAAAUUGUAUGUCGUGAGAAUGAACGACUGCUGAAGAAACUUGAAGACGUCAACAAGGUUUGUGUUCGCUCACCUCUCAUACCAGCACAUUCAGCAAUAGCAGCCGAUUCUGGUAAUGGAACAGCAAGUUCGGAGAUUUGGACAAAUCCCCAGGAUAUAACGAUACAUGAGCGUCCUGCUGAAAUGGAGGGUCGAAUUUCUGAGAAUAAAGAUAAACGCUCUGAUGAAGAUCAACGUAAAAUCGAUCAGCAACGCAUCGCAAAAAAUAUUUUGCUCAUGGCGAAUUCUUUGCAAAAGAAACCUAUUGAGCGAAACGAGAAAGAUGAACAAAACUCUGAAGAAAAAAAUAAUAUCGUGAAAGACAAUUCCAAACCGGAGGAAACAGAUUACAUGCCUGACAUGCUGAUAUAAGCGUGUAAAGGGCCGUUACAUAUAGUACCUGAUAAUGCUCAUCGCAACCCGAAGGAUAUCCACUUAAUUUUAUAAUAGCUGUCAACUGAGAUUUGAGCUUUUGGAACCCCGCAUUUCAACUUUUGAUAAGCAUUCAGGAUAUGCUUUCGACUAGAAGAAAUAGUUUCCACGACAGUCGGUUCUACGUUACCGAAACGACACAGAUUUAUAUCCGGCCAAGGACUGUCACUCCAGCAGCAUUCCCCGUAUGUAAGUAUGGGGAAUGUUUAUGCUGCUACAACAACAACAACUAGUAGAAAUAUUUAUCAUCUUGACGCUUUUCAGAUGCUUGCAUCGAAGCUAGUCUCUGAUCAGACACAUUAAUAAUAGCAGGUGAUCUUCAGGAACCCUGACAAAGCUUGCACCCAAAUGACUGCUCCACUACUAGACUGGAGGUAUUGCACAAAAUUUGAUAGAUUCUAGCAAAAUUCAGAUCGAAAUGAUGCAUAAAAACAAAGUGAAAAGAGGCGAUUGCUAUUAACCUUCACGUUUUGGAGUAAGGUUAGUUAGGUUAUAUGAAAUUUCAUAUUUGGCUUUGUCAUAUUGUAUGAUAAAACUUUUCUGAUCUUGUUGAGCAUCCAGUCAAUCUUUCUAGUGAGAUGAAGCCUAAACUAUACCGGUUUUUUAGAAGACUGACACAAGAAAUUUUCAAAGGACAUCUGGUACAGAAAUCAAACAUCCAUUUCAUAAUUAGAGCUCUAGUGUGGGCAUAUAGAUGCAAUCGAUUUUGACAAAUUUGGCAAGAUAACCAAUAUUCGUUCAUAGAGUAAAGUGCUGUCCACAGUAGUCAAGACGGUCCACCUCUACUGAUACUGUUGCAGCAGCUUGUCUCUGCAAUGGCAAUUUCAUUGGUAUAGGAAAAAUCCUGUUCAUCGAAAAUCGAGUUCACAGGCAAACGCCAUAAAAGUGGUGAAAGACCAAUUUAGCCUGUAUUUGAUUAACUGGUUAGAGAACUUCACUAGAGUUGUCCACUUCCAAACCUUGCAGGGUGGUGGUCAUGAUGAAGGGAUAGGGACUUCUCAAUGAAGGUAAUCAAGCUAUCCAACUUCGUUUCCGUUAUCUUGCCUUAUAGGUAAGCCUAGUGGUAGUUUAAUUACAGUCGGCAUCCAUCUUGGGAGAAAUAAAGUUUCUCACUUCCCUUUCCAGUGAUUUAAGUGCAAAAGAGGAGACUGGCAUACCUAACUGCGCGUUAAGCAUCUACACCAUAGACUUUGAUGAAGAUCUCAACGAUGAGCAAGUCUCUCCCUUCGAUAAUCAAUUAAAUCUGCAUGCGCCAUUUGUUGUUGUAAUAUAAUAACGAGAAUUUUUUCUUACGGAAUUUACUCGACCUCGAUCACUUACAAUUUGUGCUCCGUAAACAAUGAAGAAUAAUAACUUUGGCUAGGUCGAAGCUAGCUCUGCAGUGUGAUUAUUUUUGUUAUAUUUAAUUCCUGAAUGUUUAUGCUCAAUUAAUAAUAAAAAAUAAAAUUUGUAUAUAUUAUAAAACAUCGUAUAAUUAAGUAUUUAUGGUUAUAUGGGGUUCGCGCCUCAGUUUUGUUCGACCUCUUAGCUAAGCUAGGAGCCUCUCUUCAAAAAGUAAUAUAUAUCGAGAAUCAAACUUAGUAAAUAAGCAUUCAUUUUGUUCAAUUGUUCGGAAAAUCGUUAUUAAACUGAGAAACUAAAUGAACAGAACUAUUCAGGCGGUAGAAGUAUAAAAUACGUUCACACCUAUGCAGAUACUUAAUACACGUAAUGCCUAUUAUUCUUGCGCUGGAACAAUUCGCCUAAAGCAAAUACAUACGUAUGCUACUAAGUGCCUUCUAUGUAAUUUUACACAUACGUACACAUUUUAAAAAUAUACUAUUAAAUAGAGCUACAUACAAAAUUUGCAUAUACAUAUUUGUUGUUGCAAAAGCAAAGUA